AUGUUUGUCAAAGAAAUGGCAAGGAUACUUGCAGGCAAACAACAAAGAGUUCCUAUCAAGGACCAUGUGGUUGUCAAAAAUUCCAAGCAUGCCAAGAGGAUGGCUGCAUUCCGCUGCAAACAAACAGAAGAUGCUCAACAAACCAUGCCCAAGGCAGACAAUAUUGCAUUUGUUGGACCAACCAAAGCUGACGUGAAUGAGUGGUUUGACGGCAAAAAAGAAAAACAAGAGAAAGCUGAAUAUAUUUAUCAAGCCUUCAAGGCAUAG